AUGAAAUCAAUAUGCAUUUUUGCUUUGUUAUUCGUUUAUUUGCUUGAAUUUCCUGCAUUAUGUUUUGAUAUUGUCACGAUACCAGAUGAAGAUCUUCUUUAUUUAAAUGAACGACUACAAAUACACGAACAUAUGAGUCGUGAAGAUGCAUUAAAUUCAGUUCUUGAAUUAGAAAAUUAUUAUACAGGAGUGAAAAAUAAAUUACGUGGUUCACCAUCAGAAAUGGUUGAUAAAGCGUGGCAUGCACAUAUAUUAAAUACAAAAAUGUAUUUUCGUUUCUCUGAAACAGAAUUUGGUAGAUACCUUCAUCAUUUACCAUUUUGGUCUGGUAAUGUAGAAGAGGCAGCUCGGUUUGAUGAUGAUAUCCCAAUGUUUGGAAAAUUAAAUGCGUUGGGUAUUGAAAAUAUGAAUGAAACUGUCUGGACAUAUCGGUUCAAAAAAAAUGAUGAACAAUGCUGA